AUGACUUCUGCUGCUAGGAAGACGGGCAAGCGAAACAAGCCAUACGAUUCUUCGAAACGGUCCAAGGCUAACUCCAAGCAUCUGGCAACCCUGUCGACCUCACUAUCUGUCGCUGGGACCCCGUCAACAUCAUCAACACCACCGUCGCAGUCUACGCGACCAACGAAGCGACUGCACACCAUGCGCGAGGUGGCGAUGAAGACUAUACGCAAGCAUUACCCCUACUUCACGCCGCGAAACGACUGGGAAGUGUUAUAUCUUAGCAGCGCUCCAUAUUCCGGCUCCGAGGCUGGGCUUUACGAGCGGUUGGACAACUAUCUAGCCCUAGAUAUCAAAGAACAAGGCUCAUAUAAAUCGGUGGUAAGGAGAGCAACGAGAGAUCUAGACGAGCCCUGGGAGAUGACUGGUCUCAAACCGAGCCCAGGGGAUCCGGAAGUCUUCGUCCGGCCCCUCCCUGGAAGCGAAUACUCCAUCCGCCUGUUCUCAGGAAACGCCGCAAGCAAGGACUACUGCCUCGACUUUGUGCUCACGUCUACCGGCGAACCAGUCAAUUCCCCGUUCAAGUUCGACCUAUUCACCCUACCGAACCCGGACGCGCCAGUGGGGUCGGUGCCGACUGUGCGCAUGUGCCCCCUCGAGCAUUCGUUUGGGAUUUCGCAGAGCGAGAUCGACCCUGGAGAGGAGAAGUUCCUCUUGCACGAUGGCCAACACUGCCUGCUGCGUCGACCUGGACAUCGGGAUGUUCGCUUCAAGGUCCCCACCCGCCGGCGACCCAAGCCCGAGGCGCCCCCCGUAGAUGCCGACAUUCUGGAUUUCCCGGACAUUAUUGAUUGA